AUGGAGGUUGUGAUUGGAUGCGGUGUAGGUUGUGACUAUUUAUUGCUUACAACACUUUCCUUUGGGAAAAGAAAAGGCUUCAAAAAUGAGAAUGCCAUUAUCAAUGAGCAAGAGUUCAUAGUGACAUUAUUACAUGGUGUUACCAAUGUCAGUGAGGCUUCAUUUAGUGCAUCCAAUACAGAAAUAAAGCUAACCCACCCGAAAAUAAAGGGAAUGUAUGAAAGGUUGGUGACCAUAGUUGAAAGGUUGAUAUCGACAAUUAGAGAAGAGUUAGCUUCCCUCCAGUUGAGGUUGACGGAUGAGAGUGACAAGGAAGAUGUGGUGGAAGCAAUAAGUAGUGAAGAUGAUGAAAAGAACUCAAGUGAAAAUGAAGAAACUAGUCGAGAUGAGAAAGGAGAAGGGAGUGACUUUAGAUUAGAGGAUGAUAGAGCAGAACAAACUGAAGACAAGUCUUGUGAUGCAGCAAUAGAAGAGGAUAAGAGGGAAGGUAAUGAUGAAGAGGGAAAGGAUGAAAUGAACAAGGAAGCACAACAGGAAAUAGAAGUAAGAAGAUCAACACAGGUGAGAAGCCGUGCAAUCAAGUCUCCCUGGUUAAAAUGA